AUGGAAUCUAACAAACCGCUUAGAUUUCCAUCUUAUGUUCUUUUCCUCUUACUUUUGUGUAUGAUACUUGAUGAUGAACUGAUAUUCGCUUCAAACGCCUCAACCUUAUCCAAGUGCAAAUUUCCGGCAAUUUUCAACUUUGGCGACUCCAACUCCGACACCGGCGGGCUCUCGGCAGCCUUCGGUCAAGCUCCUUUUCCCAAUGGUGAAACAUCUUUUGACAGACCUGCUGGACGUUUUUCCGAUGGGCGCCUCAUAGUUGAUUUUAUCGCUAAAAGGUUGGGACUUCCGUACCUCAAUGCCUAUCUUGAUUCAGUUGGUUCCAACUUCAGUCAUGGAGCUAAUUUUGCAUCUGCUGGUUCAACAAUCAGGCCACAAAACACCACCAUUUCCCAGAGUGGAGUUAGCCCUUUCUCCCUAGAUGUGCAGUUCACUCAAUUUUCUGAUUUUCGCCUCAGAUCACAACUUGUACGUAAACGAGGUGGAGUUUUUAGAUCAUUGUUGCCAGAAGUGAGUGAUUUUCGUCGUGCAUUGUACACAUUUGACAUUGGCCAAAAUGAUCUCACAGCUGGUUACAAACUUAACAUGUCCAUUGAACAAGUGAAGGCAUAUGUUCCUGAUGUAUUAGAUCAGUUCUCCAGGGUAAUCAAAAACAUAUAUGCUCAAGGUGGAAGAUCAUUUUGGAUUCACAAUACUGGACCUGCAGGCUGUUUGCCAUAUGUGAUGGAUCGUUUUCCAACCACAGCUGGUCAGAUUGAUGAGCAUGGAUGCGCCAGUACUUACAAUGAGGUGGCUCAGUAUUUUAAUCGCCGGUUGAAGGAAGCUAUUGUCAAACUAAGGAAGGCUCUUCCAAAGGCUGCAAUAACUUAUGUUAACGUUUACAACGUGAAAUAUUUCCUCAUAAGCAGAGCAAAAAACCUAGGAUUCGAGGACCCAUUUCUCGCUUGUUGUGGUCAUGGCGGGAAGUACAACUACAAUAGGUUCGCAAAAUGUGGAGCUAAGAGAAGUGUGAAUGGAAAAGAUGUUUUAAUAGCUAAGUCCUGCAAAAAUCCAUCUAAAAGGAUUAAUUGGGAUGGCACUCACUUCACUGAAGCUGCUAACAAGUGGAUUUUUGAUCAGAUUGUCAAUGGCUCAUUUUCAGACCCUCCUGUACCAUUAUCUUCUGCAUGCCAUAAGAUGGAUUCCCCUGAUUCUUUCUAA